AAUAUGUCUGCGUCCAUAAAUAAAUUUAAAUCCAGUACAGGUAUUGUGUAACUAAACUGAAAACUUGUCUUUGUCCUGAUACGACCAGCUCAAACCUGAAAUAAUAUUAUUACAUAUGCAUCUUUCACCAAAAGAUUCCCAUAUACCGGUAAUAGGAUUUCAGCUGAACGAAAAUCAUAGUCGAAUAAAGCAGAUAAAUUAAUUAAAUUGUUUAAUUCACCAGUGACAAAUAUGAGUAGCAAUGGUCAAAGUGAGCAGAGCUUAUAUGGUGGAGCAAUGACAGUUAUUUUACCACCUCAAGCUAUUGAUGUCAGUCAAAUUCGAGAUGUUCCUGAUAAUCAAGAAGUGUUUACCCAUAAUGUAACCGAUCAGAGUAUAAUCUUUGAUAUAUUAGAGUAUAUUGAAGAACCUGAUCAUCAAGCUAUACAAUCACAUUUUCAAGAAGUAGCUGAAUAUAACAAAGCCAGUGAUAAUGAUGUCACUAAAAUUAUUAGUAUAGAGGAGAUCAGUAAAGAUGAACUUUUACUGACAGAAUGUACUAAAGCAUAUUAUGUAUUGGGCCAACAAAAAGUAGCAAAAUUUAAUGAAACAGCCAAAAAUCUGAUGAAUCUUCAUCUUGGGCUGUUUAGAUUACCUCAAUUUUCAACAGAUAUUCUGAUAACAUCAAAUGACCCAGUUAUUAUAAGUCCAGAGAGUAGCAGUCAUAAUGCUAUUCCUACAUCGGCCGAUAGGUGGACAGUGAUGGAUAUUAAACGUGUUAUAACUUCACUAAAACUAUUAGAUACGGGACUCUUUGAAUAAGUUGUGGUUAUUUCUCAAUGAUAUCCACUAUUACCAAGGGGGGUCCUAAAUUCUAUGCCAGUGAGAGUUAAAGGGUCCUAAUGUAAAGGCUAUCUGGUGUCCAGAAAUCCUCUGUCACAGUGACAGAACCAAUUGUAUUUCUUUAUGAGAUGCAUUUUUCAGCAUGAAAGCUGUGAAAUUUGAAGAUUAAAUUAGCCCACAUUCAGAAUUAAAAUCUGUAACAUUUGGAUUAAAUUUUUUUUAGCCCUGCUAGUUUCUUAUAAUUUAUGCAAAAUAAAGUGACAUUU